AUGCGUCCACUCCGUCUGCUGCUGUCGCUAUCCACGACCCUAUUAGCCGUUACGCUGCUUCUAUAUAUGAUAGUAGGCAAAUCACAGGAUGAAGCCCAGGAGCGAGCAUCUGUUGCAUCGAACCAGGGCAGUUUCAAAGCCUUGUUUUCCUUCACGUCGCCCAGCUCCUUGUUUCCGCCCUCUGCCAUCAUCAGUUUGACCGACGAUAACUCGACUUUUUUCCUUGCAAGGCCUGCCGCGUUUGGCCCGGCACUACCCAAAGAGGGCUUGAGUGGCCCGCUAUGGAUCGGUAGUGGCUUUGGAGAUGAUACAUCAGGUGCUGGGGGCGAGUUAGGAUGCAGCGACGUCCCGGGUUGGCCAGACGGCAGCGAUGACCUUGUGAGCGCUUCACGGUCACUUGGUCAUGUCAAGGAUAAAGUAAAGAGUGCCAUGCCGGACAGAGACUUGCCUUCAGAAGAAGAGAACCGUGGAGCCAAGGACGACAACACUAAGACUGCUACUGCAGACGAUGGCACAGACGAUCACCUGCAAUCAGGCCUCUCUGGCACGCGCGUGACGUCAGGAUCCAAGCAUGCCGAUAUCCAGUCACUUCAGGAGAGUGCAGAAAUCGCUGGCAAGGUUGUCCUCCUCAAGCGAGGAGGCUGUGGAUUUCUGGCUAAAGUGCAGUGGGCACAAUCACGUGGCGGUGCAGCUGUUAUAGUGGGUGACGACGUGCGCGGCGGUGCCCUCGUUCGAAUGUACGCCAAAGGAGAUACCUCUAAUAUCACGAUUCCAUCCCUAUUUACUUCACACACAACCGCGCAUCUUUUGUCUUCGCUCCUCUCGGCCGAUGGAAUGCUCUCGAGUUCUGUACAAGCAUCUGACAAGACUGCCGAAAGCCGCCCGAUACCUUCCGGAGCGCUACGAACUAUACCAACAGCGGCCCGAGGAAAGCAGCACCCAUCGACGUCUGGCAAGAAGACUACAACUGGUGAGAAUGCUGGUUGGCUGCACUCGCUCCUGUCUGUAUUUGGUCUCGGGACAAGCGAUAGUUCCCCGAAAGCUGGCAGUCGGAGACUACCGAAUAGCGGCGAUCUUGAAUGGGUCGAAGUCACCGACUGGGAAGACGACCAAAAGCCUAUCAAGACCAAAUCGACAGCUUCUACGCCUACACCCACCAGAGUUACGGACGACUUUAUCAUCGGAGAACACGACUGGCGGGACCCUGACCUUUUGCCUCUUUCUGCAUCGACGAGCGAGGCACUCACAGCAGCUAGCGCAACCCCGUUGAAUACCAAAACUGAUAGUAAUGCCUUGCCCGGUAGUGGCGAAUAUACCCCAGCAAACGCGAAGACUGGUGGGAAGAAGCUCUGGACCUGGUGGUCAGGCUCUAGGCACGACACGGUAUCGUCAGCAUCGUCCAGGCGCGCGCACACCAGAAGCAUUACCUCGAUAAUUGACGCAAAUUCUGGCAUUAUCAAGACAUCCCCCGCGACUAGUUAUCACCAAGGCCUAUGGGUCACGCUUACGCCCACGAACGUUUCAAGCAGUCCUUUCUUCGAUACUUUACUCGUACUCGUUGUCAGUCCAUUGGUCACACUGACUGUCGUAUACGCCCUCCUCCUUCUCCGAUCUCGCAUUCGACGUCGCCGUUGGAGAGCGCCCAAGUCUGUUGUGGAACGCCUGCCGGUCAGAACUUAUCAGACCAUCAGCGAUUCAUCGUCUUCGGCUACGCCUAGCGCAGCAUCCCCAACCACACCCUUACUUCAGCACUCAUCCACUCGGUCAAGAUCACCAGAACCUCGGUCGCGCUCAACUACGGUAUCAGAGACACCGGCCACUUCAACAUCUGUACAGCACGCGUCUCGUGACCGUGAGGAAGAGAAGAGAGAAUCAGGUCUGGCAGCGUGGAGACGACGCUACGGUGGCCGCCAAAGAGAAUGCGUCGUCUGUUUAGAGGAAUACGUCGACGGAGUAAGUCAAGUCAUGAGCCUCCCGUGUGGUCACGAGUUCCAUGCGGAUUGCAUGUAA